GCCGCGUAAGGGACGGGCAGGAAGUGGCGUGUCAAUAGACAAGCCGCAGCCGCGUCUGGAUACGAAAGCAGCCAAUCACGCGCGCGGAUUUCCCUCCCAAACGAAGACGAUGGCACAUGAUUGGCUGCGUCGUUGACGGUACGCAGACGACGACUGCCAUUUUCACUUUUGCUUCUUCGAGCUCAUUGACCUAACAACAAUGCGCGAGAUCCUCUCCAUUCACCUCGGCCAGGGCGGUAUCCAGGUCGGUAACGCCUGCUGGGAGCUCUACUGCCUCGAGCAUGGCAUCCAGCCCGAUGGCCAGAUGCCCUCGGACAAGACGAUCGGCGGUGGCGACGACGCCUUCAACACCUUCUUCAGCGAGACCGGCGCCGGCAAGCACGUCCCGCGCGCUGUCUUCGCCGAUCUUGAACCCUCGGUCUGCGACGAAGUCCGCACAGGCACCUACCGCCAGCUCUACCACCCGGAGCAGAUCAUCUCGGGCAAGGAAGACGCCGCCAACAACUACGCCCGUGGUCACUACACGAUCGGCAAGGAAAUCGUCGAUGCCAUCUUGGACCGUGUGCGCAAGCUCGCGGACAGCUGCACGGGCCUCCAGGGCUUCAUGGUCUUCAACGCUGUCGGCGGUGGUACCGGUUCGGGCCUCGGCUCGCUCCUCCUCGAGCGUCUCUCGGUCGACUAUGGCCGCAAGUCGAAGCUCGGCUUCACGAUCUACCCGUCGCCGCAGGUCUCGACGGCCGUUGUUGAACCGUACAACUCGGUCUUGGCCACGCACUCGCUCCUCGAGCACACGGAUGUGUCGAUCCUCCUCGACAACGAAGCCAUCUACGACAUCUGCAAGCGCUCGCUCGACAUUGAGCGCCCGUCGUACACGAACCUCAACCGCUUGAUCGCGCAGGUCAUCUCGUCGCUCACGACGUCGCUCCGCUUCGAUGGUUCGCUCAACGUCGAUAUCACCGAGUUCCAGACGAACCUCGUCCCGUACCCGCGCAUCCACUUCAUGCUCUCGUCGUACGCGCCGGUAAUCUCGGCCGAGAAGGCCUACCACGAGCAGCUCUCGGUCGCCGAGAUCACCAACUCGUGCUUCGACCCGCUCUCGAUGAUGGCCAAGUGCGACCCGCGCCACGGCAAGUACAUGGCGGCGUGCCUCAUGUACCGCGGUGAUAUCGUCCCCAAGGAUGUCAACGCCGCCGUCGCGACCAUCAAGACCAAGCGCACGAUCCAGUUUGUCGACUGGUGCCCCACGGGCUUCAAGUGCGGCAUCAACUACGAGCCGCCGACGGUCGUGCCCGGUGGCGAUCUCGCCCGCGUCCAGCGCGCGUGCGCCAUGAUCUCCAACACGUCGGCCAUCGCCGAGGUCUUCUCGCGCAUCGACCACAAGUUCGACUUGAUGUACGCCAAGCGCGCGUUCGUCCACUGGUAUGUCGGCGAAGGCAUGGAAGAAGGCGAGUUCUCGGAGGCCCGUGAAGAUCUUGCUGCCCUCGAGAAGGACUACGAAGAGGUCUCGGCCGAAAGCCAGGACGGCGAGGACAUGGACUACGGCGAGGAGUACUAAAUGCUUUCUUCAACGAAUACCCCCAGUUUUGAAUUGGCCCAAAAGUCAUCGUCUACACUGUCUUAAUAGAGCUGAGAGCUGAGGUAUCUCGAGGCUGCCGAGGCCGUUGGCAUAUUGCUUCUUG